CUGUCAGUUACACAGCUGUCAGAUACACAGCUGUCAGAUACACAGCUGUCAGAUACACAGCUGUCAGUUACACAGCUGUCAGUUACACAGCUGUCAGUUACACAGCUGUCAGUUACACAGCUGUCAGAUACACAGCUGUCAGUUACACAGCUGUCAGUUACACAGCUGACAGUUACACAGCUGUCAGUUACACAGCUGUCAGUUACACAGCUGUCAGAUACACAGCUGUCAGAUACACAGCUGACAGUUACACAGCUGUCAGUUACACAGCUGUCAGUUACACAGCUGUCAGAUACACAGCUGACAGUUACACAGCUGUCAGAUACACAGCUGUCAGUUACACAGCUGACAGUUACACAGCUGUCAGUUACACAGCUUGAUGACAAUGAUAGUGAUGACGGUGAUAGUGAUGACAGUGACAGUGAUGACGGUGAUAGUGAUGACGGUGAUAGUGAUGACAGUGAUAGUGAUGACAGUGAUAGUGAUGACAGUGAUAGUGAUGACAGUGAUAGUGAUGACAGUGAUAGUGAUGACGGUGAUAGUGAUGACAGUGAUAGUGAUGACAGUGAUAGUGAUGACAGUGAUAGUGAUGACAGUGAUAGUGAUGACAAUGAUAGUGAUAGUGAUGACAGUGAUAAUGACAAUGAUAGUGAUGUCAAUGAUAGUGAUGACAGUGAUAGUGAUGACAGUGAUGACAAUGAUAGUGAUGACAGUGAUAGUGAUGACAGUGAUAAUGAUGACAGUGAUAGUGAUGACAGUGAUAGUGAUGACAGUGAUAGUGAUGACAAUGAUAGUGAUAGUGAUGACAGUGAUAAUGACAAUGAUAGUGAUGACAGUGAUAGUGACGGCGGCGGCGGCGGCGUCAAUUUUUGA